AUGUUUAACAUCCUAUUUCUGUUUUGUUUUAAUCAUCAUUACACAGGUGUGAAAAAGGAGGAAGCAGCGCAUCUACCAGUCGGCUCCGCCCAUCCAUCUUCUCACCCACCUGCAGCUACAGACGGUGCCGCAGGGCCAAACGCCAUCGAUAAUGCAAAUGCCAACUUAGUGAAUGGCAGAAUGCAGGAUGGGAAUGUGGAGAUCAUCCAGACUAAAGCCAAACAGCAGGAUGGAGCGGCGGCGAUGGAAAUGCAACCCUUGAAAAGCGCUGAGGGAGGAGACGGGGAUGAAAAGGAGAAAAAGAAAUCAAACCCGCAUAAAAAGGAAAAGUCUGUGCUACAGGGAAAGCUGACAAAGCUGGCCGUGCAGAUCGGGAAAGCCGGUUUGGUAAUGUCGGCGAUCACGGUGAUUAUCUUGGUGCUGUACUUUGCUAUUGAUACAUUUGUUGUCAAUAAAAUCCAGUGGUUGCCGGAGUGCACGCCCAUCUACAUCCAGUACUUUGUGAAGUUCUUCAUCAUCGGUGUGACCGUGCUGGUUGUGGCCGUCCCGGAAGGGCUUCCUCUGGCUGUCACUAUAUCCCUGGCAUAUUCAGUAAAAAAAAUGAUGAAAGAUAAUAAUCUGGUGCGACAUUUAGACGCAUGUGAGACAAUGGGAAACGCCACAGCCAUCUGCUCCGAUAAGACCGGAACGCUGACUACAAACCGAAUGACUGUGGUUCAAGCCUUUAUUGGUGAUGCCCACUAUAAGGAAAUCCCGGGCCCUGAUGCCCUGCCAGCCAAAACCUUAGAUCUUCUAGUACAUGCCAUAGGCAUCAACAGCGCGUACACCUCCAAGGUCCUGCCUGCAGAAAGGGACGGUGGGCUACCACGGCAAGUUGGAAACAAAACCGAGUGUAGUUUAUUGGGAUUUGUGUUGGAUCUAAAGCGAGAUUACCAGACGGUGCGGAGCGUCAUCCCAGAGGAGAAACUCUACAAAGUCUACACCUUCAAUUCCGUCAGGAAGUCCAUGAGCACCGUGGUCAAACUGCAGGAUGGCAGCUUCCGCAUGUACAGCAAAGGUGCUUCCGAGAUCAUCCUGAAGAAGUGUUCUAGAAUCUUGAAUGGAGCCGGGGAACCCCGUAUUUUUAGACCCAAAGAUCGUGAUGAGAUGGUAAAAAAGGUGAUAGAACCCAUGGCCUGUGACGGACUCAGAACAAUCUGUAUUGCAUACCGGGACUUUGACCAGAAUCCAGAACCAGACUGGGACAAUGAGAACGAUAUUGUGACCGAUCUGACCUGCAUCACUGUAGUUGGCAUUGAGGAUCCAGUCAGGCCAGAGGUACCAGAAGCGAUAAGAAAAUGCCAGCGUGCCGGCAUCACUGUGCGAAUGGUGACGGGCGAUAACAUCAAUACAGCGCGUGCCAUUGCCAUUAAAUGUGGCAUCAUACACCCAGGAGAAGACUUCCUCUGCAUUGACGGAAAAGAAUUUAACAGGAGGAUUCACAACGAGAAGGGGGAGAUUGAACAAGAGCGGAUUGAUAAAAUCUGGCCCAAAUUGAGGGUCCUGGCUCGUUCCUCACCCACUGACAAACACACCCUGGUGAAAGGUAUCAUAGACAGCACCCAGUUGGAGCAGCGGCAGGUGGUUGCAGUAACCGGAGAUGGAACUAAUGAUGGUCCUGCGCUGAAGAAAGCAGACGUGGGAUUUGCUAUGGGGAUUGCGGGCACUGAUGUUGCUAAAGAGGCCUCUGACAUCAUCCUUACAGAUGACAACUUCAGCAGUAUAGUGAAGGCUGUGAUGUGGGGACGCAAUGUAUACGACAGUAUCUCCAAGUUCCUGCAGUUUCAGCUGACUGUCAAUGUGGUGGCUGUCAUUGUGGCCUUUACCGGGGCCUGCAUUACACAG